CGCUCAACGUCAGCUGACGCGAUCGAAAGAUCGCUAAACAAAACACGACUGGCUUUCAUAACUUCUGAACGUAAUUACAUGUUUCCCAGUAACGUCGCAGUUCAAUUACACUGGUCAACACGAUUUUUGCCAUAGAAGAUUUAAUGGGUGAUUUUAAUAGUAUUUCUUAUGCUGAAUUCGAAUAAACUGUGAGAGAUAAAGAAAAAGGAAUUGCACAUUCGAAUUCAGCAUAAGAAAUACUAUUAAAAUCAUGCAUUAAACCUUUUGUGGCAAGAAAAAAGUUAAAUGUUGUAGACCAGUAUUAUCGGGUAUAUUACACUCGUUACGAAUGCAGAAUUUUUCCAUCAAAAUUUGUUUUUCUAACAAAGUCGAUAACAAGACGAUUGAUAACGGAGAGACUGGUUGUCCUCGUGCCACAUUCACUUUUAUAAAAAGCGGUACUUGGAAUACAAAUCAGGGAAAAUUGUAUAGUACUGAGAAGCUUUGCAAUUUUUGCGACCGUGCAAGUACAAUGCUUGUACCGGUCUCCAACAAUUUCUACGGAACGAAUCGAGUUUCAUACCGAAGCGUGUGCUCAUCGUGGGCAAAUUGUCCCGUUAUUAUUUCGAAAAAUUGCGGGAACCAGACUUGACCAAAGAAGAGUUGAAGAGGAAGUUGCUGGAAAGGGGUUCGGACUAUGAGGAUAUGUUGGCUAGUCAUAUCGCGACGAAAAAUGUGGAACAACAGGUGAUCGAAGUGUUGAAGAAGAUGAACAUAGAGUACAAGAUAAUAAACAGAAAGAAUCUCGACCUAUCGAAUUUCACAUGGGCCGACUUGAUUCUUCCGAUAGGCGGCGAUGGUACGUUCCUACUGGCGUCGAAUAUGAUAUUCGAUGACAAAAAACCGAUUAUCGGUAUUAACUCGUAUCCCGAAAGAUCAGAAGGAUUCCUCAUGCUCUCAGCACAGUAUACGAAAAGAAUACCCGACAUUUUUGAAAUGUUGAAAGCCGGUCAGUAUCGCGUCCUAAUGAGGAGAAGAAUUCGAACGACGUUGAAGGGAGAUGACAUCUGGGAACCACCAUUUCAUACGCACGAGAAAGGUCGCGUUGCUGGUGGCGAAAAAUUUUACGUUCAAGAUUUAAACGGACAAAAGUCUAACAACCUGCCAAAAGAAAGACGUUUACCCUGGUUAGCGCUGAACGAAGUUUUUAUGGCGGAAAGUUUAUCUGCCAGGACAAGCGACUUGCUGAUCAAAGUUAACGAUGAAGAGAAGUACCACAUGGUGAAAAGCUCUGGACUGUGCAUUAGCACUGGUACAGGUUCAACGUCUUGGUACAAAUCGAUAAACAGCGUCAGUCCGCAAAUAGUGCGGGACAUAGUAAAUGUAGUUGGCGAGAAAAGAGAGUUCAGCAGAGAGGAGAUCGAAAAAAUCUGCGUUACUUUUAACGAUAGUUUGCGUUUCGAUGCUGAGGAUCAAAGACUCUGUUACGCAGUAAGGGACAUGAUAGUGAACGACUUGUGGCCAGUACCAAAAUGCUUGAAUCCUCGAGGAUUCUGUAAAAAGUUAACCGUAAGAUCGCAGUGUUUUGACGCUGGUUUAGUUCUCGACGGCGGUAUCGCGGUGCCGUUCAAUUUCGGAGCAACCGCGGUGAUGGAAACACACCCCGAAGAUUCUCUGCGAUCGUUGAUCCUUCCGGAUUGAACGACGCAGACUUCUACAAGAAAGUGUACUUUAAGACAUCAAUUCCUUAACGAACUUGUUAAGAUAAGAUUGAAACGGAGCAUCAACGCUCCGAACAAAAAACUGAAUGAAACCAAAAUACGCAAUAAUACUUUUGUACCUUAUAGGUGUUUUCAAGUUUUAAGGUAAUAACGCGCUUCGAGGCCGAAGUGUCACAGUCAGAAGCCAGGAACGUGUUCUGGCGCCCGUCGCAUUUCAGUUUAACGGACAGUAACAGAACCAAUGUAACGAUUGUAUGUAACGUGAACCAAAUUUUAUAAAGACAUAUUUCAUAAGAAUAAAGAUGCUAAGCUAAGAUGAUAAGCGUUU